CACAGCUCUGUCACACACGGCUUCCCGUUGGGGCUUCCUUGGCCUCACCCCACAUUUGGGGCAUUUCCCUCCCUGACAGAAGGACCUGGAUCCGGGCUCCUGCCCUGGCCGGUGCAGACAUGGUGCCCCUGCUGCUGCUGCCCCUGCUGUUGGGGGGGGAGGAUCAGGAGUACCAGCUCCAAGUGAAGGAGUCCGUGACCGUGCAGGAGGGUCUGUGUGUCCAUGUGCCCUGUUCCUUCUCCUACCCCUGGAAGCCGGGGUAUUCCCGGACGAUGCUCUACAUAUACUGGUUCCGGGAUAGGGACACCUCAAGCAACCGUUAUCUGGUGGCUACAAACAACCCACAGAGAGCAGUGAGGACAGAGGCCCGGGGCCGAUUCCGCCUCGUCGGGGACCCCUGGGCCAAGAACUGCUCCCUGAGAAUCAGAGACGCCAUGAGGAGUGACGAGGGAGUCUACUUUUUCCGAGUGGAGAAAGGAGAAGACGUGAAAUAUACUUACACACAUACGACGAUGACUCUGCGGGUGGCAGCCCUGACACAGGAACCCGACAUCCACUUCCCGGAGCCCCUCAAGUCUGGCUGGCCCGCAGAGCUGACCUGCAGCCUGCCGGGGUCCUGCGAAGGGGGAAGACCUCUCACAUUCUCCUGGGUGGGGGCUGCUCUGGACUCGCUGGACCCCGAGACCCUGCACUCCUCGGUGCUGGCCUUCACCCCGAGGCCGCAGGACCAUGGCACCAACCUCACCUGUCAGGUGAAACUGCCAGAAGUUCAGGCCACCGUGGAAAGAACCAUCUGGCUCAAUGUCUCCUAUGCCCCCCACAACCUCACCAUCAGCAUCUUCUUCAGCAAUGUCACAGUCCCCAAGACGCUGUGCAACGGUAUGUCGCUGCCGGUCCUGGAGGGCCAGUUCCUGCGGCUGGUCUGCGUGGCUGACAGCAAUCCCCCUGCUGAGCUGAGCUGGUCCCGGGAGGGGAAAGCCCUGAGCCCCUCCCAGCCCUCCGCACCCGGGGUCCUGGAGCUGCCCCACGUAGGGGCUGGAGAUGAAGGGGAAUUCACCUGCCAGGCUCGGCACCCGCUGGGCUCCCAGCACAUUUCCUUCAGCCUCUCUGUGCAGAGAAGCCUGUCUUCCUGCAACUGUGUGACUGACGAGCAAGAGGGCUCCUGGCCCCUGGUCCUCACCCUGCUCAGAGGGGCCCUCAUGGGGGCUGGCUUCCUCCUCACCUAUGGCCUCACCUGGAUCUACUACACCAGGUGUGGAGGCCGCCAGGAAGCAGGGCUGAGAGUCCAGACCGAGCCUCCCUCCCUCUGGAGACGGGACUGAGGUGUGGCCCUGGAGCCCAGAGGGACAGAUAUGGGGCCCUCGUGGUCAGCUUCUUCCUGGAAGCUCUCAACUCAAGCCUGCUCAGUUCCUGGGAGUUUAAUUUGGAGAGCGGACUGAGUGACAAUGUGGGGAGGCCGCGCCAUCAGAAGAAGGGACUACUUAGGUUUCAGCAGGGGCUGUGGCACGCCACGCCAUUCAGGGCCACAGGGGCAGAAGCAGGUGCAGGGAAGCCUCGCCAGAGACGACAGAGACCUGUGGGAAAGGCCAGGCCGGGAGGGCAGCUCGGGACCAGCUAGUUUGAGUCAUUCUGGGGGGGCCUUAGCCUAGAGGGGGGGCUCUAGGUGUCUGGUUCCUGUCCUGAGUGUCUUAGGGCAGGGGAAACGGUGGCCUGGCGUGGGAGUGAGAGAAAAGGGGUGUUUGGGGGACACGCUGGGGAUUGGUUGGUUUGCUCUGAAGGGACUGAGCCCUCUGCUACCUUUAAGACCCGGCCCGGCCUGGAGGGGCCGUCUCCCCAGGGAUGGCAAGAUUUUUAACACAUCAAAAGUCACAAGAUACAGGAAACAAACAAUCUGACUAGUACACACCCCACGGGCACCCCCUCUCCCCCGUCUGUGCCUGUGGGUGUCUCCUUCUGUUCAGCCUGCUCCUCCUUGCUGGUGUCACCCCUCCCACCCUCCUGCUCUCCAUCCCCAGCCCUGCCCCUGCGAAGGGAAUGAGCUUCAUUCAGGCUUAUGUUCAUGACCCAGAAGUUACCUGCCUAACCCCCGACUUUCUGGUCUCCCAGAUUUCCUGCUCAGUGUAGACGUCAAUGCACGGUGGAGUCAGGAACACGUCUUUCCCACCCGAAAGACGCCUACCUCAUAAUAAUUGCAAGAGAAUAUCACAGGAUUUUUUAAGUUUAUUUAUUUAUUUUGAGAAAGAGAGAGGGAGAGAGAGAAUCCCAAGCAGCCUCUGCACUGGCAGUGCAGAGCCCGAUGUAGGGCUUGAACUCAUGAACCUUGAGGUCAUUGACCUGAGCCUCAGUCAAGAGUGGCACGUUUAACCGACUGAGCCACCCAGGCACCCCCAGAACAUCACGUGUAAUUAUAAAUACAAGUCAGUGGCACCUGGGUGGCCCAGUGCAUUCGUUGGGCGUCUGACUUGGCUCAGGUCAUAAUCUCAGUUUGUGGGUUCGAGUUCCAAGUCAAUCUCUGUGCUGACAGCUCAGAGCCUGGAGCCUGCUUCUGACUGUGUGUCUCCCUCGCUCUCUGGCCCUCCCUGCUCACACACUCUCUCUCUCUCUCUCUCUCUCUCUCU